GCCGCGCGCGGACUGCCAGCUGGGCACUGACAACGAGAACCAUGGCGCGUCCCAACCUCGUUCUGGCCAUCGGCCUGGCCCUGCUCGCCUUCUGCCUCCUGGCGCUGCCGGAGGACACCUGGGCGGCGCCGCGGGAGCACAUGACCGGGGGACGCCAGAACCUGUCGCCCGACGACCCGCAGGUGCAGAAGGCGGCCCAGGCAGCCGUGGCCGGCUACAACAUGGGCAACAACAGUCCCUACUUCUUCCGUGACACCAAAGUCAUCAAGGCGGAGAGCCAGCUGGUGGCAGGCAUCAAGUACUACCUAACCCUGGACUUGGGGAGCACGGCCUGCAGGAAGAGCAAACUUGCUGGAGACAACGUGAACCUCACCACCUGUCCCUUUGCUGCAGGGGCAGAAGAGGAGAGGCUGCGCUGUGACUUUGAGAUCCUAGUUGUCCCCUGGCAGAACUCCACCAAGCUGCUGAAGCAAGACUGCGUGCCACUGUGAGGCCCCGGCGGGCAGCUGCCGGGGGCACCCCAGCCUCCACCCAAUAAAUCCCCAGCAAGUGUC